CAGUUCCGGUCCAAGAAUUCGAAAAUGGCGACGCAAGACACGGGAGGUCCCGUCCAGCCUGGCAUCUUCGAAGAUCUCCAGCGAAAGAUCGACGAGGACUCUGUGGUCAAGGACCAACUUCGCGACAUUGUCCAGACGCUUGAGAAACAAGACCGUACCACGCAAUCGAUUCUCUCAAGGGCGCACUCCACCGCAGCACCGGACUUGCCUGUCGUAGUGCAUGCCGCAGAGUCGAAGAUCAAGGAAGCGGUGGCUACCAUUCAGCAGUUGGCACAGGUCGCAUCGAAUCAUCCAUACUACCGAUUCAAUUAUGCGUGGCAACGGCAGAUUGAAAUCUCGACUUUCAACAUCUUGCUUUGUGGCUUCCAUGGUGGCUUUGGCAAGACUACGACCGGCCAACUCUUGACGAUCGAGGAAGUCGGGCAAAUAAUGAAUGUGCCGGUCAACGUCAAAGACCGAGAUUGUUUCCAUCUCACCAUCGAGGAGUAUUUGUUGGCUUUAAUCUCGCUCGUCGAAGAGCUCUCUCGGCUUGCACGCAACUCUGUCACACUGGGAGACUAUCGCCGCCCAUUGCAGAUCAGCCAGUUCAUCAAAGACGUUCACGCCGGCUUCCAGAUUCUCAACCUCAAGAACGACAGCUUACGGAAGCGGAGCGACGGAAUCAAGUACAAGGUGAAAGAAGUGGAGGAUGUGGUCUACGACCUUAGUCUGCGUGGACUGUUGGCAAAGGAUUGAGAGAGCAAAGAGAAGGACAUCAAAGCACUGAGAGACUGCUUCAUAGGAUCUGAUGCCUGUGGUAAAGAACUCCAGCGACCCACGCUAUUCGCGUGGGCAUGUAUCGCCUGUUCGUGACAACUGUUGGUCACUAUGGGCACCAUCGUAGCAUGAGUGGGCCUGAGUAGAGCUGAGAAGCUGAGGCGCUGAUCUGGCAAGUUUCAACACACGCCGUGCAAUGCAAGCGCUGUGCCCGUUCCACCUCUCGCAGCAUCGUGAUCGUACAUUGGUGGAAAGCUGAGAACUCUGUGUUCUUUAUCGUCCUAUGCCCAUGCCGCCCUGCUGUGCCAUUGAAGCAUUCUGCUCUUGGAAGCGCUCGCCCAAGCGCUCUGCACUCUUGAGGGACUUGUCGACACAUCGCAUCACGCAGCCCUCCUCCUUGCCGGACAAGCUCUUCGAGGUGAAGUCGGUGACGCAGUCGGUGAAGCACCGCUGAACGAGGUUGGAGUACAUGUUCAUGAAGUCCUUCAUCUGCUUUUUUUCCAGGCGGCCUUGCAGCUCGCGCUGCUCUGUUGCGUUGAGACCUUCCAUGUUGUGCGGUAGAUUCGGUUGUGGGGUUG